CGUCCGCUCCGCUCGCCUGUUCUGAAUAUCUGCUUGUGAGGUGAAGUAGCAGCGGCCUUGACGGUUCUCGACCUGGAGUAACUUGUAAUAAUUUAAUAAAAAAUAAAAACCUCACCUCAUGUUUGAGGGGGAUGAAGAGGGGGAGGAGGGGGGAGGGAUGCUGAGCUGGAACUAGUUUAACCUAGAGCUGUACAGCUGCAAUCUUUUAUCUGGAAGCAAGCGUUGUAACUUGUCAGAAAAUUGAUACAAAAAAUCGUGAGUGGCUUAAUCAUAGAAUAACAAGAGGACAAAAGGAGUUGCAAAUUUCUGAGAUACAGUUCUUCCACAGGAUGCCAUCUACCUCCUAGUGCCUAAGUCAAGCUGUCCUCUUAUAUGGGGUUGUUGCACAUUGAUCAGGAGCAGGAACUCUGAUCGGCUCUUCCCCCAACCCCACCCAAAUAACUGACGGGCACUGUGAUAAUGUUGCUGACCCAAACGAGAUGAAGCAACUUGGUAAAGAGACAGGAUUAUCCCUGAAGAAUUAUGAAUGAACUGUCUUCGAAUGGGCAUCCUUUUCUUUGUGGUGAUGACUUAUGCUGGGGUAUGGCUCCACAAGUGCCUGUUGCUCUUCAGUGCUUCACCCAAGAUUGGGAUCACCUCAGGAGAACUAUGACUGAGCUGUCUUUGAAAGGUCUUCCACUUCUGCAUGAUCCAGUGAUUGGAGAGCUGUUAGCUGAGAAACAGGCCGUAGACUCGAAGAAAGAAGAGAAACUGAGGAAGAACAGGGAAGCCAUGAAAAAGCACCGGGAAGAAGAGACAGCGGAGCAGAGGGAAGAUAGACUGCGCAAAAACAGAGAAGCUAUGAGAGUCCGCCGACAGAUGGAAUCGGAGGAGCAGCGAGAUGACAGACUGCGCAAGAACCGUGAGGCCAUGAAACGGUUCCGUGAAAGGGAAACCGAAGCACAGCGAGAUGAGCGAUUGCGCAAAAACAGGGAAUCCAUUAAAAAUCGGCGGCAGCAGGAAUCUCAGGAGCAGAGAGAAGAGAGACUGCGGAAAAACUGGGAAUCGACCAAAGUCCGCCGGCAGGAAGAAACCGAGGAAGAGCGAGAGCAAAGGUUGCGUAGAAACUGGGAUGGAAUUAAGAGGCGCCGUGAACAGGAAACCGAGGAGCAGCGACAAAAACGGUUGCGUAAAAAUUGGGAAGGAAUCAAGAACCGGCGGCAGCAGAAGAAUGAGGGUGAAAAGGAAGACAUGUUAUGUAGAAUUUGGGAAGCAAUGAGACAGUUUACCCAGCAGGAAAUGCAAGAGGACAGAGACAAGCGAUGUCAUUUGCUUUUUGACAGGGGUCUCAUGGAAGGAACACAAGAGGGGAAGGACGAGAGGUUGCAGAAUAGAGAGGCACCCAGGUGCUGUUUCCAGCAAGAAAUGGAGCAAAGAAAAUGAAGAGAAAGAUGCGAGAAUUUUGCAAACUGUAAUGCUUCAGUGCCAUGGUUCCUCUAGCAUCCCUUAAAAUUGAAGCUUUUGACCAAUUAUACUCUCCUGUUUUAGCUUAUUGAACAAUGCUGGUUACUAGGAAACAAUAUUAUGCCAUAGAAUGUAUCAAGUCAUGCAGGUGGUGGAUAAAAUCAUUUUAAUUCAUGGUGGUCAGUGAUUCACUAAACUUAAAAUAUAUGGUCAUCAAGGAUGGCAACAUGGUGGUUACUGCACAAGCUGUCAUUCUGAUAUAGGAGCAACAUUGUUGUUUCCUUGGCCAGUUGCGACUGAAUGAUUCCUUUUUAUAAAAAGAAAGAGAAAUGGAGAAAAUGUUUCAUAUUGUGUGUUACAGAUGAUCGUGUCCUUCAUAGACGUUGUGGUUCAUUUCUGUUAAAAUGCAAUUGCAUUCAUUCUUAAAGAAAUAUCUUGAGUUUAUUCGAGGCUGAGUUAAUAAGAUUUUUGAUAGACAAGGGAGUCCAGGGUUAUGAGCGUCUGACAGGGAAGUGGAGUUGAGACCACAGUCAAAUGGCCAUAAUCUUAUCAAAGGCGGAGCAGAUUCAAAGGGCAGAGUGGUUUGCUCCUGCUUCUAAGUCCUAUAACCAAGCGUUUUGGGGGUUCCUCUUUAGACGGUGCCGUUAACAGACAUGCAAUUUGUAAGUGAAGGAAACGAAAUAAACUGAUUAAGGAUCAGAAGCACUGCUCCAAAAAUCAGUGACGACAUUGAAUAAAUGGCCAGCCCUUUUCUUACAGUCGCCAGUGACUCCUUUCAAGGGUAUGGGAGGGAUGUGAAGGUUGUGAUUAAAGCUAGCUGUGUCCUUGGGAUGGUCAGCAGUGAAAGCUCUGAUAUGCUUGUUGCUAGCUGUUGUUUUAAAAAAAAGAUCAGUUUCUUUUGACGCAAAGUUUGUGGCGUACGUGUUAUUGUGGUGCGUCAUUGUGGAGAAACGUUUUUACUGAAAAUAUCACUGUAUCUACAAUGUCUUUUAAUCAGUUCACGAUUGCCAUUUGCCCCCAAACUCUGGUGAUGAAUGCUGAACCUUCUCCCCAAAUGUGAAUUUUGAAUUUCUUGUGUGAAGAUUGGUGGGGGGACACUGAUUUCAGCGGGCAUCUUUGAGGUGGAAUCCUGUGCUGUAUUUGUUCUUGUUCUUUGGUAAGCAAAUGAAAGUAGAGUUUUAAUUCUAAUUUUGAUGAAAAUCACUAAUCAUGGUGUUUUGAAGUUCAUCGUGGAUCCACGUUGCAAUGCUGUUUGUAAUAAAAUGCUUGCACAUUCUA